GACAAUCUUCACAUCCUACCAACUGGAGGAACUGGAAAAGGCCUUCAAUGAGGCCCACUAUCCUGACGUAUAUGCUAGAGAGAUGUUGGCCAUGAAAACAGAGUUGCCAGAAGACAGAAUACAGGUUUGGUUCCAGAACCGCCGGGCCAAAUGGCGGAAGAGGGAGAAGUGCUGGGGCAGGAGCAGUGUGAUGGCCGAGUACGGGCUCUACGGUGCCAUGGUGCGUCACUCCAUCCCGCUGCCCGAGUCCAUCCUCAAGUCUGCCAAGGAUGGCAUCAUGGAGUCCUGCGCCCCGUGGCUCCUGGGGAUGCACAAAAAGUCUCUGGAGGCAGCGGCUGAGGCGGGGAGGAAGACGGAGGUGGAGCGCCAGGCCCUGCCCAAGCUUGACAAGGGUGACAAAGAAGAGAGGGGCCCGGAUCCCAAAACCACCAUUUCCCAGGAGGAACUGAGAGAAAACAGCAUUGCCGCCCUCAGGGCCAAAGCUCAGGAGCACAGCACCAAAGUCCUGGGGACCAUUGCUGGGGACACCCCAGCCCCCAGCAGAAAGCCUGAGACAGGGGAGGAGGCAGCAGCGGCGGAGGACGAGAGACAGACGGAGAAGUUGAACUCGUCGCAGAAGGAAGAGAAGUUGAUGUAGGGGGGGAAGAGGCGGCAGAAGCCAGUCCUGACAGACACUGUGUCCUC